CCGACCUUGUAAGGGAAUUUGGUCUCCGAAACCUAGGGUUUAGCCUCCCACCUUUAAAUUCCUCUCAUACGUUUUCCGUCGCCGUUUGUGUUUCCGGGUUUAGGGUUUUACUCUGCGAUUCUAGCGAGGUUUGUCAGAGAUGGGGCACUCGGACGUCUGCAACUCCCAUCCCGAGAACAAUGGCCAUGGAUCCCGGGAUUGCCGUGUUUGUGGCAAUUCUCAUGCAAUCAUAAGGAAGUAUGGCCUCAUGUGCUGCAGGCAAUGUUUUCGCACCAUAGCCAAAGCAAUUGGUUUUGUUAAGAAUAACUGAAGAACGAUGUCCCGGAUGGCUAAUCAACAAUAUGAAUCUAACAUGAGCUGCAAGAUUUUAGUUUUAACAAUCUUUAGUUUUUCAUUUUAUGACCUAAAGUAUUUUUGAGGGUUUGAACAAUGUUUUCUGAUUAAUGCUUUCCAUUUUGAUUUAAUAUUUGGUGGAAUGUAAGUA